AUGAAAUCUCUCUCCAUUUCUAGGCUCCUCGCAGCCGGUUCCUUGGCCGCCGUCGCGUGCUCGGCCGCAACCCCCCAGAGGCCCCUCUCCGACGACGCCUCCGACGACCACCCCAUCCCUCUCGUCAUCUGGCACGGCCUUGGCGACUCGUACGAUGGCGAAGGCAUCAAGCAGGUGGGCGAGCUGGCCGAGGAGAUCAACCCAGGCACCUAUGUCUACACAGUCAAGAUCGGCACCGACCCCAACAGCGACCGGUCCGCCACCUUCUUCGGCAACGUGACGACGCAGCUCGAGCAGGUCUGCGAGGCCCUCGCCGCGCACCCCAUCCUGUCCACCGCCCCCGCCAUCGACGCCAUCGGCUUCUCUCAGGGCGGCCAGUUCCUCCGCGGCUACGUCGAGCGCUGCAACAACCCCCCCGUGCGCUCCCUCGUCACCUACGGCAGUCAGCACAACGGCAUCGUCGAGUUCAAGGCCUGCGGCGACUCCGACCUGCUCUGCAAGGGCGCCAUGGCCCUGCUCCGCUUCAACACCUGGUCCGGCUUCGUCCAGAACCGCCUCGUGCCCGCCCAGUACUACCGCGACCCCGACCCCGCCCAGUACGAGAAGUACCUCGAGUCGUCCAACUUCCUGGCCGACAUCAACAAUGAGCGCGAGCUCAAGAACGCCCGGUACAAGAAGAACCUCGCCAGCCUGGCCAACUUCGUCAUGGUCAUGUUCGAGGACGACACCACCGUCAUCCCCAAGGAGACGUCCUGGUUCGAGGAGGUCAACGGCACCGAGAGCCUGCCGCUGCGCGCCAGGGCCAUCUACAAGGAGGACUGGAUCGGCCUCCGGGAGCUGGACCGCAAGGGUGGCCUGCGCUUCCGCCAGGUCCCCGGCGAGCACAUGCGGCUGUCCCAGAAGAGCCUCAACAAGACCAUCCAGGAGUUCUUUGGCCCCUACAAGAAGCACUUCGAGGCCGAGGCGAAGCCCGCUUUCCUCAGCGAGGAGCUGUAA